UAAAACAAUACGACUUUGUGACGACCGACUCUUAUCCAAAAAACAAUAAUGUCUUGCCACUCCCAACACAACCACUACCACCACCACCACUGCUUCCAAACCCUCCACCGGUGCCCCAUUUCCUCAACAUCUUCCAUACCCUUCACGCGCCGCCACACGCGACCCAUUUCUGCCUCCUCUCUUAACCACGACAAAAUCCUUCGAACCCACAACGCCAAAUCCACAUUACUCCAAAACCCAAAUGGGCCUUCUUACAAUAAUGAAGAAAUUUCAAAGCUUUUGGACUUAUCCAUGUCAAGAAAGAAAACCCCGCAAUUUCCGGGCUCAAUUUAUCUUCAAUCUCAGCCAGAAAUUAAAGAUGUUAUUAAUAAUAAUAAUGAUGAUGAUUAUGAAGUGAUUAUGAGAGCACUUGAGAUAAGAAGGGAAGUGACAGUUGAGAUUUUUAAAGAAUUUAUGAUAAGAAAAGGCAGAUUUGGGAUUACUUAUACGAAUAAUCUUGCUUCGAGAUUGUUUCCGGUUUUUAUUGAUUAUGUUAUGAUUCAAGCUGCUGCCUUGAAACGUUUGCCUGAAUUUGCGAAUUCUUCGUUUAAUGUUCGUGCUAAAGCCUGCUUGGAAACCUCAAAUGUUGUUCCUUUGAUAAGGUGGCUUAAACACAACGGAUUGUCAUAUCCCCAAAUUGGGAAGCUAAUUUGCAAUUCAAGAGGGAAUAUUGAAUCGAUCAGGAAUACUGCAGACUGGCUCAAGUCAAUUCAUGUGACUGGGAGAUUUAUAGGGGUUGCAUUACUUAGAGCUGGAGAAAAUGUAUUAGAACGCAACAUUGAAGAGUUGGAUGAUAUUGUUUGGUGUUUGGAGAAAAAUGGGGUUAAAAGGGAGUGGAUGGGUUAUAUUGUUAGUAGGUGUCCCGAGUUGUUGACUUUUAGCAUGGAGGAACUGAAAACUCGCAUGAGUUUUUACUUUGAUAUGGGUAUGAAUGAGAAAGAUUUUGGGACUAUGGUUUUUGACUUCCCCAAAGUGCUUGGGUUCUAUACCCUUGAGGAAAUGAAUGAAAAGGUUGCAUACCUAAAGGAAUUUGGACUUGGUAAUGAAGAUGUCGGGAGAUUACUUGCAUUUAGACCACAAUUAAUGGGAUGUAGCAUUGAAGAAAGAUGGAAGCCUCUUGUUAAGUACCUCUAUUAUCUUGGAAUUUCUCGAGGUGGUAUGAGGAGAAUUCUUACUGUUAAGCCCAUGGUCUUUUGUUUUGACUUGGAGACCAAUAUUGUUCAAAAGGUGCAAUUCUUUCGUGAUAUAGGCGUUCAAGAAAGUGGAAUUGCCAGUAUGCUUGUCAAGUUUCCAUCAUUACUAACAUAUAGCCUAUACAAGAAGAUACGGCCUGUGGUAAUAUUUUUGUUGACGAAAGCUGGAGUUUCCCGGACAGACAUUGGAAAGGUGAUAGGGUUGGGGCCGGAGCUCUUGGGAUGCAGCAUAUCAAAGAAGUUGGACCCUAAUGUCAAAUACUUUUUGUCUAUUGGCAUAGAUAUUACAACUUUAGGUGCUAUGAUUGCAGAUUUCCCUAUGUUGCUUCGGUACAAUAUUGACAUCCUUCGCCCAAAAUAUCGAUAUCUAAGAAGAACCAUGGUCCGCCCUCUGAGUGAUCUCAUUGAAUUUCCACGUUUUUUUAGCUAUUCUCUUGAAGGUCGAAUUAUACCCCGGCACAAGAUUCUCAUGGAUAAUCAUGUAAAUUUUAAGCUUCGUUACAUGCUCUCAAGCACAGAUGAGGAAUUUCUUAAAAAGGUAGAGGUCGCGAUUCAAAGGCGCAAAAUGUUCGAAUCUGGAUUCUCCAACAACAUAGAUGUAGAAUCUGCAACUGAUAACUCUGAAGAGGAUGAAAUUGAUGAUGACUUUUCAGAAAAUGAACUUGAAGAUGAAUUUUCUGUAGAUGAAAUAGUGAAUUGACUUUUCAAUUAUUAGUGAUGUAUUUCAUGGCUAGCAUAUAUAUUAUGUAUAUUUGUAUAUAAUGGUUUGUCAGAUGUAAUUUUAGUACAAUUUAUUUUCAUCAUACGUUUUUU